AUGAAUAUCAUCAGCAUUAUUGUCGGGGGCCUUGCGGCCUCCGCGAUGGGCCUCGAAUAUGCCGAUCUGGCUCCUUGCGGUCAAACAUGCAUCAGGAACAUGUUCGCUCAGGCCUACAACAUGGACUGCCCCCCGUAUCCCAACGGCCGACCCAACCUCAACUGCCUCUGCAACGACGCCAACUUCUUUAACGGCAUCCGUGAUUGUGCCUUCGCGGCCUGCAAUUCCCUGGACGCCGAGAACACCUUGGGCCUGGCGGCGAUUUAUUGCAUAGAUCCAAAGUACAAAUCCCCCAACUACCCUUGCCCCCCAGCCCUCGUCCUCCCUGGCACCGACGUGGGUUCAACCUCUGGCUCUGGAUCCGAUGGGUCGACCAACUCGAACUCUGAUACCUCCUCCCCCGAUGCCAACGGGAACAACAACAACAACAACGGUCUCCCCAGAGUAGACGUCCUAACCUACUUCUCCAACGGCAACACCUACGUCGCCGCCGUGACCGUCAGCCCCGCCGCCGACAACAACGGCGUCGUAGUGUCGUCUAAAAACGGCGGUGGAGGCGGAGUGAAGACGGCUACUGCUUAUGUUGCUCCCACCGGGUUGGGUAAUACUGGUGGUAAUGUCAACGUAGUUAGUCAGACGAGCACGAGCACUAACAAGGUGGAUUAUGGCAAUGCCGCCACGUCUACCAAGUCUAGUUCGGGGGCGGGGGCGACGCAGGAGAAAUAG